GACCCUUUCGGGCCAUACUCAACUGAUAACAGUUUCCUACGUACCUUGGGCUCAAUCUAUCGGUGUGCUAAUUGUCACACCCAUCUUGCCCGUAGGAGCCACUUGCUGAGUUCGAACUUCCGUGGGCGAACGGGCGCGGCUCUGCUGCUGGAGUCUCUGGUUAAUGUUGUUCUCGGUCCACAGGAAGACACGAUUAUGACUACUGGGAUGCACUCCAUAAGAGUGUGUUUCUGCAUCAAGUGCCUUGAGAAUAUCGGUUGGACGUAUGAGGAAGCCUUUGAGGACGAUCAGAAAUACAAAGAACAUCGGUACGGCUAA